AUGUCGGGCGCCCACCCGCCGCGGGGGCGGCGGGACUCGCCGGUGCUCGCGGCCCCGGAGCGGCGGAGCCUGCUGGCGGCGCGGCUGGAGCGGCUGCACGGCGCGGGCCAGGUGGGGCGGGCGGCUCUGCCCCCCGCGGGCCCGCAGCGCCCAGGGCCGGGGCGGCGUGAGCGAGCCUCGCCCCUCUCUGCCCGCAGAGCCGGUUCCCGCUGCACAGGCUGGUGGUGGUGGCCCGGCGGGGCGAGGGGGCCGAGGCGGCGGCGGUCGCAGGUGGGUGCCCGCAGCCCUGCGGGGUUUGGGGCGGCCCGCGGGUCCUACCUGGGGGCGCGGCGCAGCUCGGCUCGCAGCCCGGGCUGCCGAAGCACCUCCACGGCGCGGCUGGGAGCCAAGGCGGAGCAGGACGGGGCGCUGCGAACACCCCCGGACUCGGUGCAAAGCUAUCCCAGCGCGGUGGUGCCAGGUUACCACAGAAGACUGUUUGAAAAUGCAUUAAAAUGCCACUCCGGAGAACAAGUCUCAGGUCUACUUCUUCUCUAUUCCAGUUGUGUUCUUCAUGUAAUAGAGUCUUGCAUUGGUACAAUACAUCUUAUCAUCCAAGAUUUAGCUUCUCUCCAAAAUCAAGGACAUAAGAUGGAAUUCACCUUUCCACACAGUGCUUUACUCCAGGAAAUUAAAGUUUUAGUGGUGUCGCAUAACAUCCCUACCAGACUGUUCCCAGACUGGUAUGUUACAACAGUGACGCCUCCUGUGACAUAUCUACAAGAUGCAACACAAUCACAGUCUACAGCAGAGGUAGUCACAGAGUGUCUUACUCUCCUCUUCAAACUGGCAGCCUAUGUUCCAAAAAUGCUUGAGGAUGACAGUGAUGAUCUGAGUAACAAUCUACACACUCUUGCACCCGAGCUGCUAAUCCCAGCAGAAACAAUUAACUAUUUGUGUAAUAUUGAAGAAUGUGCAAGUCCAGAAGAAUUUCUGAAAAUGUAUUUAAAUCCUUUACAGCCUGCUAUGGAUUCAGAAACUGUAUGGCCUGCCCCAUCACAUUUCCUUGCAUGAUAUGGGCUGUAUCCAGCACUUUUCUUUGCAGCUGGACACAUUCAUGUCUACACAUUAAGAAACAGAUGUGCAUUCAUUUCCCAGUAUGCUUCUUAAGAGAAGAUCAAGCUGAGCUGCCAGUGACUCAUUAGCUAAAAAGCCCAGGGCAUAAUUGCAUAACUUUCUGUAGAACUUUUGUUUCUAAUGUACCACAGAAACAGCAAUGUUAUUUGGAGACUUGAAUAAAUAUGCCUUCAGUUGACAAAA